GACGACUCACAAUUGGGAACUUUGGAAAUGGGCGGCCGGCAGCAGCUACGGCGGUGUUUUAUGACGUCCAGCAUCCACUGAUGGUGAUGUUCCGCCGACGGUGCGUGCUUCCCAGAAUUUGACGGCGCCCGACCUCCAUCGGAGAAUCACCAACGAGCGUGGCCAUGGUGUGAGUUUCUGGAGUCCUUGCCUUAACGCGGAGUCGAUAGGUCCACGUAGCCGAGUACAAAUACGCACUGCGACGACGGGUAUGAAGCAGCGACCGCCACCUCUACCGCUUCCAGCACAUCGUUAUACGCACCAUGCCUCGUCCGAAGACCACCUGGGAGGACCUCUCCACCCUCGGCUGGUUCAAGCAGCAAGUCUACGAGACGCUCAACGCGCAGCGCGGCCACACCAUGCGCGGCGCCGACGACCUCGCGCUCAACGGCGGGUUCGCCGAGAAGUGGGGGUGGUACUGCUACAACGACGUGAAGGGCGGCGUGCGGUACGGGGAGCCCGUCUACAGCGACUCGUCGAAGGAGAGCGUCGCGUGGUCGUACACGAACCUGACCGAGGCGCCGUUCGUCGAUACGUGGACGGAGACGUGGACGGAGGAGCAGACGACGUCCGUGUCUAUCACGAAGCACGCCUCCAUCACGCUGAACGCGGGCCUCAACAUCAAGGACGUCUUCAACCUCGGCAUCGACUUCAGCGUCUCUACGGAGUCCACUGAAGCGAAGACCGACAACAAGAGCUACCAGCUCAGCCACACUUGGGAGAUUUCAGUGGGCCCUGGCGAGACCGUCGAGCUCCUGCGCGACCAGGUCACCACGGUUGGAACGCAGUACUUCUCAGCGGACUACGGCCUCGCGGACUACCCGGGCGACAUGAUCGGCACCGACGGCAAACAAUACGACGGCCACUACUACUGGGGCUACUCCGCGAACCACUACCUGAACAACCCGCACGGCACGAUGACGCUCUCGGGGAGCCUGAAGAAGGUCCAGUACAACUUCAAGCUCCAGCGCGUCGCCCCCGGAGGCAAGUCUACGAUCGAGCCCGUCGGCGGGCCUACCCACGCGACACUGCGCAGCGGUGCCGGCGAGGACGCCGUGAAGGUCGUGUUCGCUGUCCCGGCUGGGGAUAAGGCCGGCGAGUAGGCGGGACUGGGGGCAGCCGGGGGAGACGAAUGUGCGGAAUCCAGGUGUGUGGAGGUCAACGCUGGGGCCGACUGUCCGCGGAAGCAAUUUGGAAUGCAUGUAACAUCAGUGUACCGGAUCGAGCUCUUGUUAAAUGUACUGUCGUGUCAGAUCGUUACGGAUGCUUAUUUCUCCGACAUGACAUGGACUGCACAUUCACCACACCGGCCGACGGCUCACGUACGCCGUGUGGAGGUGCUGGAGGUCGGGGCUGUGAAUACGAUGAGCCGCCGGCCGUUGAAAGACCAGCUACC